UCCGCCGCCGUCGGUGCAUGGCGAAUGCAUCGAUGCGACGACGCGUCGCAUGCGUUGCGGACGAAGCUUGCGCUCCGCGGCCGUCGCGCACGUCGAUAAAUUCGCACGCGGCGUUUCUUAUGAAAGAAUAAACCGAGUCACCUUCUCUCGCUGGAAGAAAACUCGCGUGGAUCCUCAAACUUCGCCGGUCGAUUCACGAGCUCGAGAGUGACUCCCGCUCUCGUCGGUGGAGGGUGCGACAAUAAAAUACGCGACGAGCGCUCGUUCGCAGACGACGUAUGUGCCGCGAGGGAAAUAUUUAAACAAUUAAAAGCGAAUUUAAUUGAACACCCAGCGCUCUCGGGCUCGCGGAAGCCUCCGGAGCGUGCGUCGCGUCACGGUGAGCUCGCUCGACGGUAAUGACGGGUCCGAACGGCCGCUGCCAUCGCGAGAUCGUUUCGACGCCCUCGCGCGUUCCUCGCGCGAGAAAUCGUCGAGUGCCCUUCAAACGAGCACUCUACCGCGCGAGUGCUCUGCGUUGGCGUCAACGCGAUCUCCUCCGCGAAAAUCACCGGAUACGGAGACGAGAUCGAGAGACGCCGCAGCGGCACGUCCGACGAAGAUCUAUCCGUGUGGAAAUAUUGGAAUUAUCGCGAUGCAGGAAGUCUCUUGCGGUAGAAGAACGAGAGGAGGACAGAUGGAAGAAGAAAGAUGGAAAAAGAGGAAGGAAGAAAAAGAAGAAGAGACAAACACCGAGUGCGGAGGCGUGCAACUGCAACGACGAUGACGACGACUACGACGACGACGGCGGCGGCGGCGGCGGCGGCCACUGUUGGCCGAAAGUUUAAAAUAGAAUAUCUCGCGAGUAACUUUCAUCGGUCGUCAAAAAAUCGCGCAGUGUCGUACCUAGCGGGGGACCAAACACCCGGCUGCUCUCCUCCUCGUUCUUCUCCUCCUCCUUCUGUUCCUCUUCCACCCACCGCUACGGAGGAAAGACGGCGGAAAGAGAAACGCGGAGAGCAGCCCUCUCCAUGCCGACGCUAUAGUGCUACGGGAUAGGCUAUGCUCCGACAUGAAAACACACGGUAACGCGACGUACACGCGUGUGACACACACGUACGUGUAAUACUCUACACGCGAGCGCGGCGCAUCGGUUGCGCGGGCGAGAGAAUUCAACAACAGUAACUCUCCUGCGAGUACACCCGGGAUAUUUUAGCGCUUUUCCAGAUCGCUAACAGGCCGCGCGGCGAAUUACUGACGUUGGGUGGCCUGUGCGAGUGGCCUCCGCGGGGAGUUUCGCGUAUUUCGUCUGUACGCUAAUCGCGCCGAAUUACGCGUACACGCUGGACCUCCUCGAGGCGGGGAAUCUUCCCGCUUACACGCGAAAUCCGCUGACCCGUUUCACGAUUUUUGCACGCCGUUGAUUCUCCCGCGGGCGACCUUACGCGGGAAACGAUAAUCGUUUCCAACGGGAAAACGAAUAAUAACGAUUGCAAAUUUUUCAUUGCGUCCUAAUGGGAUUCAUCUCUCUCUCUCUUUCUCUCUCUCUCUCUCAAAAUAAAUAAUAAAUGUUUGCAAUACAAUUAAAAUUGAGAAAAACCAGUAUAUUGAUAGUAGGAUCUUAGUGCCGAGAUAAUGUUUCUUGGGUGACUUUACGUACAAUUUCUAAUUCCUUCGAACUAUAUGCGUCGUUAUUUUCAGUUUCAAACGCACCUCUUAAACUGAAUCGGACGAUAUCACAGAAUAAAGUUGACAAUCAGUUUAACAUUACUGAUGCUUAUACUAGGACUUUUAAGAUCUCUACUAGUAUAACUAUUUCUCCAUUUAAAUUGAAUUAUGUAAAAAUCACGAUCUUGGUUCUAAUAUUAAUUACUAAUAAAUUGUUAUGGAAGUGAGAAAAGAAGCAAAACUAAACUCUCUAAACUCUUUAGGCGCUAUCAGAAAAUGUCAAAGGUCCUCCUCAUUUUCAUAAUUUCUUUGUUUUUCGGGGGAUAAAGGCGAUUCAUUGAGCCGAUUCGGUUGAUGCCCCGGUUGGUCUCCACGCCAGUGAAUGACGUAGCGUAGGUACCCCUGCUGUCCGGCCAUCCGCUCUCGCGCCCGCGUUCUCGCUAGCUCGCGUCAGCUUGCCUAGAGUUCGCGCGAGUAGAGUAUACACGCUAGCGUCUGUCGGCGGCGCAUGCGCCGAUACCGCCGCGGGCCCGCGACUCGACUCGACUCGACUCGGCUCGGCUCCGCCGACUCCGGCUCCGGCUGCUUCUCGGCUCUCCGCGGCUCUCGCCCUCCCCGCCAAGGUGCAUGCAUGCAUUCUAUGCGGCGUGCACCGCAUUAGAUGCAUUUCUAAGUCGCGCCGCAAUAAAUCGCAGAAAUAUCGAAGUCGAGGCACCGCGAGCACGGUCCGCGCGCGUCCCCGAGGAAGCUCCGCGAGCUGUGCGUCGAACCGAUACCGUCACGCGUGCACCCGCGCGCGCGCGCGCGUGCGAUUACCGAUCGCCGAAAGGGAGAGAGACACGGUGACCCGGAGAGGGAGCCCGCGAGAAGAUAAGGAGGGA